AACAGCAGCAAUACGACAACGCCAUCACUGAAAGACUUACGACUACAGCGCUUUGGAUCGUGUUGGACCCUAUUUUAUAACUUCCGGCGAUGGAUAAUUAACGGACAAAUACGAAUGUCUCUAUGCUCCUGUCUAAUUGGUUAUAUGCCAAAAUGCGCAGCAGAGUACCUGGAGCUUGUCUGACCCUGGGCGAUAUUGAAUUGUUUUGAUAUAAGAUCUACCAUGAAUCCAUCUCUUUUUACGAUGCUCACAGUGUUCAACUCCACUACUCACCUUUAUACAGUCGUUAUUUGCUGCUUCAACAUGGUGUCUCGUUCUCUGUUUACUGCCGGCGCUGCUGCCCUUUCUGUCUUUGCAACCGUUGAUGCUACUUCAUCGUACCUCAAGUACAGUACCGUACCUGGUUACUUCCUCCAGGAUAUUGAUUCCACGGCGACUGAUGGAUUUGAUUAUACCGCGACAAACUUUGGCUUGAUUGACCAAUCCUAUGACUCGGACGCGUCCUUUGAUCCUGAGGGCACCAAGACCCAGUGGGAGCGUUUUGAGAACGAAGUUACCGCGUUGAAUAUCGCCAGUAGCGCCGAUGAGAGAUAUGCUGUUCUCUACCUCGGUCGCCAUGGUGAGGGUUACCACAACGUUGCCGAGUCCAGCUAUGGAACGCCGGCCUGGAACUGCUACUGGUCGGAGCUUGAUGGCAACGGAACCUUCGUCUGGGCAGACGCCAAGGUCACGCCGAAUGGCAUUGCUCAGGCCGAAAGGGCCCAUGCCUUCUGGACCUCGCAGAUUGCUUCCCAGAAGCAGUCUCUUCCAGAGAGCUUCUACACCAGCCCCAUGAGCCGCUGCCUCGAGACUGCCAAGCUCACUUUCGAGGGUCUCGUGGCCCCGUUCACGCCUCUCAUCAAGGAGUACCUCCGCGAGGGCAUCUCGAUGCACACCUGCGAUCGCCGCAGCACCAGGAGCUACAUUGCCUCCAACUACCCAGGAUGGCCAUUCGACGCCGGCUUCACCGAGAAGGAUGAGCUAUGGACCAAGACCACUGCUGAGACCCCCUCUGCCCAGGAUGAGCGUUCCAAGGCCGCCCUGGACUCGAUCUUCUCGACUGACCCAAGCAGCUUCCUCAGUAUCACCAGCCACUCUGGUGAGAUUGGAAGUCUUCUCCGUGUCGUUGGUCACCGCAAGUUCAGCUUAAGCACUGGCUCUGUCAUCCCAGUUCUUGUCAAGGUUGAGAAGGUCCAGGGCGAUGCGCCAUUCACUUCCGUUGCACCAUGGGAGGCACAGGCUACUUGCAAUGCUCCCCCGAUCACCAGCCUUGCUGAUGUAGGAUGUGUUUGCUCGUCCACAACAUCUGCUUCCGCAUCUGCUACCACUUCUGCUUCCGCUUCCGCCUCUGCCUCUGCCUCAGCAACUGGUUCCGCAACUGAUUCCGCAACUGAUUCCGCGUCUGCCUCCGCAUCUGCCUCCGCUACUGGUUCCGCUUCCGCCUCCGCUUCUACUACCACUGGUGCUGCGAACUCGACCUUAUCUUACACAACCUCCACUGUCUACGCGACUUCCGUCCACACUAUUACCAAGUGCCCAGCCACUGUUACGAACUGCCCCAUUGGCUCUGUCACCACCGUCACCUAUGUGGACUACACCACUGUCUGCCCUGUCGGAACGGUGCCAACCGUCACCCCCGAGGCUCCAUACCCAUCGGCGAACGGCACUACCGUCAUCCCACAGAAGCCUUCCUCGUCCAUCUUGCCCACCGAGAGGCCAUCCACUAUCCCUAGCAGCGCGACAAGCCUGCUUACUUCCAGCAUCGCUAUGACUGCUGGAUUUGCAUUGUUUGCUUUCUGGAUGUAAACUGAUUUAUACCUGGAGAUUGUUUAAUGUAAUAAAUCGUGUGUUAUUUGUACAUACAUACUAUAUUCUUCCUAUCAAUUGCGC